AUGGGCUCUGUGGGGUUCAGCUCUUUUGGGAGCCCCUUGGCAGCAGCAGCAGCAGCAGCAGCAGCGCUACCGGGGCCCCCCAGGCGGCUGGAAGCAGCAGAAAUUCAAAGAAUAGAGCUGCUGUCUUUGAUAAGAGAAAGGCUGCUGAGUGGUUUUUACUCUAAGGGAAAAGCAGGGGGGACAGGCAGCAGCAGAGACCCGAGAAGAAGACCUCGAGGCCACUCGCGCCGGGGCGAGGGCCUCUCUUCUGCGUGUCUCUCAUCAGAGGACUCCUCAAGCGAGGCGUCGGAGGCCUGUGGUGGUAGCACCUCGCGGCUUCCUGCUGCUGCUGCAGCAGCUGCAGCAGCAGUAGCAGCAGCAGUUGGCUUCGCGUUGCAUGGCCAGCUGCAGAAGGCCAUUUCUUUGCUGCGCUCCCAUCCUGUCUCUCCAGAUAUUCUUUUAGUUGCUUCUUACGGAGGCGACGUUUGUCUCCUGUCUCUUGCGGAGGCAGCAGCAGCAGCCAGCGAGCCCGCAGAGCCCUGCGGGGCCCCCGGGGGGGCCCCGGGGGGGGCCCCCGCGGGGGCCCCUCCGGGGGCCCCCGGGGGGCCCUCAGUGGCUUGCCCUGUCCUCAAGAGACUCCGCCUGGGGACCCAGUGCUGCUGGCUGGAGGGGGAGUGGAGCCCCACAGGGUUUGUUGCUGCUCUGGCGCACAGAUUUGGCUGCGUCUCUGUCUUCGGCUGCGGGGACUUUGCUGCUGCUGCUGCCACGUUUCCGGAGCAGUUUCUCUCCACCGAAUUCGCCACCACCACGGAGGCCCCCCAGGGGGCCCUCGUAGACAGCGCCAGCGGGCUGCCGCUGGGUUUGCUGCCUCGGGGGGCCCUCUUGGAUGCUGGGGGCCGCAGCUACCCCUUUCACCUGCAGCCUCCUGCUGCUGCUGCUGCGUCUCUGUCUUUUGGCUGCGCCAACGCCCUCUUGUACUUGGCCUGGCGCCGCCUCUGCGGCUGCUGCAGCAGCAGGACCGGCAGCCCGCCCCCAAACGCAUGCAUCAAGUGCGUCGUCUGUGGGGCUCCCUGCGACAGGGUGUCCGUCCGCAACAGCAGCAGCAGCAGCAGCAGCAACAGCAGCGGCUUGGAGCUAGCAGCCACCACGCCUGGCAGCAGCACGCAGCGGUGGUGGGUGCAGUCCGAAAGGCUGCGGAGGCUGUGGGGCCGGCUGCCGGGGGGCGCCGGGGCGCAGCCAGCAGAAAAGUCAAGUGGGGCCGCGCAGGACAUCCCCCUGGGGCUGAUGGCCCUCGCAGCAGCUGCGCAGCGGCAGCAGGCCUUAGCGGCGCUGCAGGCCUCGCCUAGCGACUUGCCUGCUGCAGCAGCAGCAGCAACAGCAACAGCAGCAGCAGCACAAGGGGGCAGGCGCGCUCUCUAUGAAGGCUUCGGCGAUGUUGCUGUUUCGGACCCGCACCGCCGCUACGCCAUACUGCUAAUGCACAGACUUCAGCAGCGCGCGCUGUGGGACGCCCAGAGAUGCACCGCCAACGGCAACAUUGAAAUACUGAGGGAAUAUGCUCGAGCUGUAGUUGCUUCUCGAGAGGCCCCGCUGCUGAUCCGUUCGCCUUUAGAAAUGGGCUGGGGCCGCAUGCAGCAGCAUCAGCAGCAGCAGCAGCACAGGCCUGUGGGCUUCGCGACGCUGCGCGGCGGCGGGCGCAGGACCGCGACGGAGUCGCCGGCGUCCCGCGCCGCAGCAGACUUCGAGGACGAUGCAGCAGCAGCAGCAAGGGGGAGAGGCCGCAUGCAGCGGGCAGCAGCAGCAGUAGCUGCUGCUGCUGCUGCUGCUGCGCGUCGCAGCAACCGCUCCCAAUGGGGUGGAGAGUUUUCGUCUCCUCGGAGACACCGGCGGCUGCAGCUGGAUACCUCUUCCUCGUCCUCUCGUAGCAGCAGCAGCAGCAGCAGCAGCAGCAGCAGCAGCACGAGCAGCAGCAGCGAGGCGGAGGGCGCGUCGAGCCGGCCCGGGUCGGCGUCGGCAGGGGGGUGCGCUGCAGCAGCAGCAGCAACAGGGCGCCGUUCGCGGCGCAUGCGCUGCGGCGCAGUGUCUCCUGCUGCAGCAGCAGCAGCAGCAGAAGAAACCCCACACGGGGCCCAGCGCCGCAGCUGCCGCCUCGCAGGCACUUCUGCUGUUGAUGCCAUGGCGCUGCUGGCAGACCCCACGGUCCCUGACAGCAGCAAGAAGGAGUUGCUGCGGCUGGCAGAUCCUGACGAGCUGAAGCUGGCGCGGCAGCACCGGCUGCUGCUGCGCAGGAAGGAAGAAGCAGCAGCAGCAGCAGCAGACAGCAGCAGACUGCCCCCCCAGAGAAUCGACGUCCCCGAGCGCUGUCUCCACCAGCGCUACGCGGGCUUUUUGCCUUUUCCCCGCGGCAGCAUUUUCUCCAUUAAGGAGCUGCUGCUGCUGCAGCAGCAAGCAGCAGCUGCUGCUGGUGGCUGGCGACCCGCCCCACACCCUCACCCCGCAGCAGAGGCUCCUCGCCCUCGUUGA